AUGUCUGGCUACCAUCGACGUUCUCGAAAUACGCCCUAUGAGGCUAGCUCUAAACAUUCAUUCUCGUAUCAUCGCCGCCAACAGCAGCCAAAAGCUUCUCGUUAUGAGGCUGCUAUAGCCAAUCAAAAUAUUAGCGUUGAUGAUGUGAGACCCUACCAGCGCUCUAUGAAUUAUCAAGAGGAUAAUUCUCACAAUUUGCAUAAUAAUCAUAAAAGCAAUAACAACAAUAGUAAUACUAAAAUUUCAAAUAACAAAAAAAAUACAUACAACAGUAGUUCUUAUCAUAAAGAUUACUCGCGUCCUAAAAAGAAUCAUUCACGUUAUGAUUAUGUACCUCAAGAGAGACACAGUUAUCAUUCCAAUCCCGAAGAUAGUUCUUACAGAAAUGAAGGUAACUAUUACUCAAAAACUAACAACUCUUCUAGUCGUGAUGUAAAUAGAACCAGAUAUGACACACAUCGUACAUCUUCUAAUGGAACUUCAACUUUAACAAAUAGUAAGGAUAGUAACUCUUCAACUCGCUAUUUUAAUCCACCAAAGGCGCCAGUGCUUCAUUCUACUGGAUCAAGAACUAAUAAUAAUAAUGACCCAAUUUUGAGAAGGCCUAAACCUAUUUUGAAGUACAAUAAUAAUGAACUAUUUACGUCUAAAUACCAUUACUUCAAUCCUCUUUCUAAAACAUUAAUACAUAAAGAUUUAAUGAAAAAUUGGCAUGAAAAUGAAAAAGAUAAAAAUAUACCGCGGGCUGGUUUUAUCUUAACUAGUGAUAACUCUACCGGUAAACUGCGAUCAAUGAUAACGCCAAGAACACCUAAUAUUCCUUCGAAAGACCCUAGGACUAAUCGUAUCCCUCUUAAACCUACAAGACCAAGAUAUCCAAGGCCUACAUUAAAGAUUAUCCCACAUCUCCCAUAUGAUAAACAUUCUCUUGGUCCAAUUCCUCCAAAUGAAAUCAUUGUUUAUUUAUCGCCAGAUUUAACUUCGAAUUCAAUUUCCGAAAAUUUUGUGUCUGUUCAACCAUUAUCUAUUAAGAAUUAUUUCAAAACUUUUGGUUCUAUAUCACAUUUUGAGUCAUUAAUUGAUCCAAAUAAUGCACUACCUUUACACUUAUUUUUAAUUCGAUUUGAUUCAAUCAGCGAUAACGCAAUUGAUAGUAAUAACAAUGGGCAAAGUCAUAAUCAAAUGGUUGGUAUUAGGAAUGCUUACAAGGCAUAUAAAGCUUAUCAACAGUCUGAUUGUUAUAUAUUAGGGAAAAAAUUUAAGGUUGAAUUAAAUGAAAACAAUAAAUUACUUGAAAUGAAACAGAAAAUAAUUGAACAAAAUUUAAGAAGUUCGCAAGCCACUGCAAUUUCUAACUCAAAUAAAGAUAAAAUCUCUAAUACUAAUUCUAUUAAUAACUCGUCCUCGAAAGAUACCAACAGUUCUACAAAUAAUACUUCUUUAAAUAAUCAAUCCCAUGAAAGUGAUUCCACACAAUGGAAAAAGAGACUCUUCCAUGAAGAAAUACAUAAGCAAUUGAAUUAUAAACCGGCUAUAUUUGUUGGUAGAAGAUUUGCUACUAUACAUCGUUUAAGAGUGGAAGAUUUUAAAAUUCAACUAAGGAAGUAUCGUUGGAGUCGUGUCUUAGAUAUAAGUGCAGGUAUAUUUGUUACAUUUAACGAUUUGAAAAGCGCUCAGAAUUGUUUUGAUAUGGAACAAGGGACACUCAAGCUAUUAUCAAGACAAAAAAAUUCAUACAUUAAUGUUCGAUUAGAAUUAGUGGAGCCUCCUCCUUUCCGCCGUUUGAAAUCAUCACUGAGCUCCACUGUAUCUCCUACAGAGAAAUCUGCAGAUUCCGGCAUUAAUGGAAAACCUGUUCCAACGUAUGAAUCAAAAGAUGAUUUAUUGAAAGCUGCAGUUAAAAUAAUUCUAAAAGACUUGUCUUCAGCUUUACAUAUGGAUAUUAGAAAAAAAACUAUUGGACCUGCAGUGUUUGACACAUUAAAUCCUGAAAAAUUUCCAAACUUAUUGGCUGAGAAACAGAAACGUGAAAUUCAAAGACAAAAACACUUAAGAGAGAUAGCAGAAGCACAAGAGAAGAAAAGAAAUGAUGAGAAUAAUUCUAAUUUAGAUAUUUUCCAACUCUACGGUGGUUAUUCAGCUUCAAAUAGUGCAUCCAGAAGAAGAGCUCUCAAAAGGAGACAAAUGUCAUUAUCAGAUGUCAAUGACAAAAAAAGAAAAUCAAGAAAGUUAAACAAUGGGAUGACCCCUAUGUCACAUAUGUUUAAUGAAGAUGAAUCCACAAAUGCAGAACAAAGUUUGGCAGCUACAUUGGACGAUCAUUACAAAUCUUCCUCUGAAGAUGAUCUAGAUGAAGAAAUGGAGGAUGACCAACAAGAGGAUGAUCAUUCUCAACCUUCUGAGCCAGAACUUUACACUGAAUUGGCUGAUGAGAGUGAACCUUCGUCAAAACAUGCUUCUGAUGAUUCAAGAAGAGGUCCUGACAGUGAAUUAACAACCCCGGAACCAGAUUCUGAAUACAUAGACAAAAAAAAAAUAAUUGAAUUGUCUAACGAAAAAGAGAAUAUUGAAGUAAAUGAUAAAGAAAUUGAGGAAGCUCAGUCAUUGUACUUACCUUCUACUACUGCAUUUCCAGAGCCUGUAUAUGAGGAUGAAUUUAACAUAUUUGAUAAAUCACUGAAGCUUAAUAUUCAUGACUUACAGAAUGCUGUUAAAGAUGAAGAAGAUUUAGAGUUGUUGAAAAGUAUUGUUGGAGCAAAUGUGGAAAAAAGUAACCCAGCAUAUACUACAUUAAUUGAAUAUGAUUGUUGGAAAGACCGUAGACAAAGCAUAAAUAAAAAAGCAUCUACCGAUACUUAUAAACUCUUAAAUGAUGAGGCAUUGCCUGAAUAUUUUGUUAAUAUGAAAACACCAUUUGUGGCUCAAGGGAUGAAAAAAAUUGAUGAUGAAAUCAAAGUAUCAUAUUUACCACAUCGUCGUAGACGUAAUGAACCGUUGAAUACAGUUGAUCAUCACUCAGAAGAAAGAGAAUCUACACAAGAACUUCUCAGAAAAGAUUCUGAAUUACCAGAUGUUCCUGAAAAUACGACCCCUGAUAUUUCCUCAUCAAGAAUUAAUAGAGCUAUCAAUAGAAGGUUCCAACAAGAUAUAGAUGCUCAAAGGGCAGCGAUAGGUACAGAGUCAGAACUAUUAUCUCUAAAUCAAUUAAACAAAAGGAAAAAGCCAGUGACGUUUGCACGUUCGGCAAUCCACAACUGGGGGUUAUAUGCAUUAGAACCAAUUACUGCAAAGGAAAUGGUUAUUGAAUAUGUUGGCGAGAGAAUCCGUCAACCUGUUUCUGAAAUGCGAGAGAAACGAUACAUCAAAGGUGGUAUCGGUUCUAGUUACCUGUUUAGAAUCGAUGAAAAUACAGUUAUUGAUGCCACAAAACGAGGUGGUAUAGCAAGAUUUAUUAAUCAUUCAUGUGAGCCAAGCUGUACUGCUAAGAUUAUUAAGGUUGGUGGUAUGAAAAGAAUUGUCAUUUAUGCUCUUCGAGAUAUUGGUUUGAAUGAAGAAUUGACUUACGAUUAUAAGUUUGAAAGAGAAAUUGAUGCCGAAGAAAGAUUGCCUUGCUACUGUGGUGCACCAUCUUGCAAAGGAUUCUUAAACUAG